AUAAUCAAAAUGCUCACCUUCGUUGUGAUUAUGUUCGGUGUGUGCUGGUUGCCUUCACAUGUGUAUUUCCUCCUGUCUGACUUCACCAAUCUGAUUGACCAGCUGGGCCCGGAUAAUUCACGAAUAGCUUAUGGAGUGUGCCACUGGAUCGCCAUGUCAAACAGUUUCGUCAACCCAAUCAUUUACUUACUUAUGAGUAAAUCUUUCAAGGAUCCCACCUGGACUGUAUCACAGAAUACAAUCAAGAUACAUUUGUCCUCAUCUUCUGCAAGAGAUUCAGGAUGA